AUGUCUUCGAGUAAGCUCUCUCCGAUUUCCGAUUCUUAAUUUGGAUAAUUUCAGUGAUAAUUUCUAGUGGAAUCCAAAUCUUACUCGCUGCUUCGUUGACCAUUUUCUGUUCCGCCAGAGGGAAUGUUUAUGUCAAGGAAAAGUGAUUUUGGUGGAAUUAGUAGAAGGAACGUUUUUGAACUUUCAGGGAGGAUUCAGAUGUUCCGAGUUCUCGUGAAGAUCCGUCCACUAAAAGGAGCAGAAAAGCAAGAGCUCUGGAGCCAGAAGUGGCCAUUCCGCUCCCGGAAGGAACGAUAAAGAAUCCGGAUGUUGGGGAGACGAUUGGCGGGAGGAGUCAGAACUCGCGAAAGUUACGCGAGAUGCAGGAGGUGAAAGGAUACGUGCUGGAGAAAGAUCGAAGUGUGAGCAGUGAGUGGGAUAGAGAAGAAGAAGGAGAAGAAGAAGAAGUAGAGUGAUAAUUGAGGAUUGGACGGAAGUAGAGUGCGUCGCAGAAAGAAUGAGAGUGAACGGAGCAGAAGACAGAGCAGAAGUGAACGGCGCGUAACGGUGGAAGUGGAAGUACAGAAGAAGGGGAAGAAAGGGACCGAAAGGGAUAAGAGGAGGAAAAAGAAGAAACCGAAGAGCGAGAAGUCAGAGAAAGGAGACAGCUCGAAGAAAGAGGAAAAGUCGAAAAGUUCCAAGAAAUCGGAAGUGGAACGGGAAAAGAAGGAGCGGAAAAGCGAGAAACGGGAAUUGGAAGAGUGAGUGAAGGAGGGGAAGUUCCUUUUAAUGACACCUUGAUUCCAGGCCAAAACAACCGAAGCCUCCGAAGCUGCAAAAAUGGAAAAAGCCCUGGAAGACGAUGUUCAAACGGAAGAGGGGCUCUCCAGAGCAGUCUUCGGCGGAACGAUGUGGAACCUGGGCGUGA